GGUGGACAGACCCCAUCAGCCGACUAUUGAAGAGUUUCUGCAUUGCUGUCAUUCCAGCUGGGGGUAGCCGAUUGCGCCGCUGAAAGAUGGCGGGGGGGAUCUUCUCCAACGUGGGUAACCUGUUUGAGGUGGACUGUGCUAACGUCCACCCCCUGGUGUGUCACCUGUGCCACGAGCAGUACAAGUCUCCAUGUUUACUGGACUGCUACCACAUCUUCUGUGCCCACUGCCUGCGAGGUCGGACCAAUGACUGCCGCCUCAGUUGCCCCCUCUGCGGAUACCACUCCACGGUAAAAGGAAACAGCGCCCUCCCGCCAGAGGAUCGUCUGCUGAAGUUCCUUGUGGACAAUAACGGAGAUGUUGAGGAGGCGGUACUCUGUGCCAACUGUGACCAAGAAAGUAACCAAAAGGAGACAGGGCAGAUGUUUUACUGUAACACUUGCAGCCAGCCACUUUGUGCCACCUGCCGAGAGCUGACACACAAGGCCAGAAUGUUUUCCCACCACGAGAUUGUGUCGAUGGCCAAACGCACCAAAGCCAAACACAGAAAAUGCUCUCUCCAUGAAGAGCCUUACAUCCUUUUCUCAACAGAGAAUAAAUCUAUGCUUUGCAUCAAAUGUUUCAGAGACAUGCAAGUCGAGAGUCGAACUCACUGCAUUGACAUUGAAACAGCUUACGUCCAGGGUUGUGAGAUGUUGGACCAAGCAGUGCUGGUGGUGAAGGAGCUGCAGACUUCAACUGGAGAGGCAAUCCAUCUGCUGAGAGCAAUGAUCGGGGAAGUGCGUCUGAAUGUGGAGGAAGAAGAAAGUGCAAUCUGCAGUCUGUUCAACAGUUUGCAGGAAAAGCUAGCAGAGAGGAAAAAGAUUCUGCUGAAAGCAGCUCAGAGUCAGCACGAGGAGAAGGAGAAAGCAUUAAAGGAGCAACUGUCUCACCUCACUGCUCUACUUCCAACGCUUCAGGUCCACCUGGUCACCUGCUCAGCCUUUCUCAGCUCAGCCAACAAAUAUGAGUUUCUGGAUAUGGGCUAUCAACUCAUGGAGAGGCUGAAGAGGAUUGCAAAGCUCCCUCAUCGACUGCGGCCUGUGCAAAGCAGCAAGAUCAACACCGAGUACAGGAGUGAGUUUGCUCGUAGCCUGGAGCCUCUGCUGCAGAUGGGAUCACGCCGCCCUCCUUCUGUCGCCGGUUCUGCAAGCAUUGUCACAAGGCUCCAGUCCCCUCUCUCCUUCCCCUGCCACUCUCCGUCUCUCAGUGAGAUGCCGCUGGGCUCUGUGUUUGGGCGAAGGCCGACAUCUCACAGGAACAUAUGCACUAAGGUCCUCCUGGCUGAGGGCAGGGAAACCCCUUUCACUGAGCACUGCCGGGACUACGAGAACGCCUACAGGUCUCUCCAAACAGAGAUCCAGAGUCUGAAGGACCAGGUCCAGGAGCUGCACAGAGAUCUGACCAAACACCAUUCCAUCAUCAACACAGAGAAAAUGGGAGAGAUCUUGGACAGGUCCCUGAAUAUUGACAACCAGAUUGCUGCUCAGUACUCCACCGUGGAAACGAUGAGAGUGAUGUUUGAAGAGAUCUGGGAUGAAACUUUGCAGAUGGUCAAUAAUGAGCAGGAGAUCUAUGAAGCUCAGCUUCACGACCUGAUGCAGCUGAAACAGGAGAACUCUUACUUAACCACCAUCGCCCGACAGAUCAGCCCUUACAUCCUGUCAAUCGCAAAAGUUAAAGAGAGGCUGGAGCCCAGGUAUAAUUUUUCUUUCAGGUUUCAGGAACCUAAAGAGCAUCUUGAUGACCGAACUGAAACAAUGCUGAAAAUCUACGAAGAUAGCACAGUGCCAAAGGACGGUCCAGACAGCGAAAACCAGAGUUACGUCACAGAUCAGGACAAAAACAAGAACAGCCGCACGUUGAUGCUGGAGCCAGUGGAGAUUUCCGUCAAGAGCAGCCGAGCCGGCAGGCAGCGGGGCCCCGUGGAGACGUCAAGCAAAAAUGACAUUCCUUCAUCACCGCCACCAUGUCAUUUCAUUUCUGAAGCUGGUCCCUUCUCCGGCGGAACAGCAGGCCUUAAUUCAGCCCUAACAAGCCCAGGGUGGUAUAUGAUGUGCUCGCCUGCCCGCAUACAGUUCGGUACAUGACACUUUCGCUGCCGUGAGCCGUCAACAGCUCCACGGCGAGCCCUUGGAUUGACACUAACUGGAUGUACUUGAAGGCUGAAAACUCCCAGCUGUUGGAGCAUAAUGUUUGACUGUCUCCUUUGUUCAAACAGUCACUGAACAGAAUCAUUUUAUUUUGUGAGUCGUGAACAACCUUAGUGGAUAGAAACAGCCAGAGACUAAAAAUCUGACCUCUCAGGAUUCGUGCUCAGUUUGUGUUUUAGCGUCUAACAUGAUAACAAAAUGCUAAGUGUGGAGUUUUCUUUUUGCACAACUUGUUCGUUGCAUAAGUCACUUUUAUGAGGGAUUGCGGUAGAUGACGGAUGACAGGUCAGCUAAAUUUGACCUGUAGACUGUUGGAAAACACGUGACAGCACAUGGAUCACAGCAAACGAAAUGAUGCGUGUGACGAUUGGUGACGCCUGUCAUUUGCAGCAUGCCAUGCAUCUUUUGAAAUAAAGCAGAUUGUUGUCCCUUU